AAGUUCAAUCUCUCAGGGGUUUCGCAAUAGAAGCGCGCGGGGGGAGGCCGCCAGCCGACCCGUGGGUGGGGACAGGAUUGUGACUGCGCCUUAAAAGAGAGUGGGAGAGCAAUCGACUCUGUGGCCUCGGCAUAUUCAAGGGAUCAGCCAUGGCUGCAGGAGCGAAGCAGACCUGCUACGAGGGCAGCGCAGUCCAGAGGUUCCAGUUCUUCCUGGAGCAGUCCGGAGAGCACGAGGCCGUUCUGCAGAGUGUCCGCCGCCUCCUGCCGGGAGAAUUUAAAAGGAUUGGAGCGGCUAAAAGUGGCCUGGACGUUCUCGGCGUUGGAAGUGGUGGAGGGGAGGUGGACGUCCAGAUGCUCUCUCUGCUGCGGUCUACGUUCCCCGCUGUUCCCAUCACUGCGGACAUCGUGGAGGGCAGCUCUGAGCUCACCGACAACUUCAAAGCUUUGGUGGCAAAGACCACCGACCUUCAGAAGAUCUCAUUUGCUUGGCAUAUCAUGCACAGCGGGGACUAUGAGAAGCAAGUGGAAGCAAAGGGAGACGUGAAGAAAUUUGACUUCAUACACAUGAUCCAGAUGCUCUAUUAUGUGGAAAACCUCACUGACACCAUCAAGUUCUACCACAACCUUCUGAAAAGCAACGGCAGACUUAUGAUCAUCAUUGAAGCAGCCAACGCUGGCUGGGACACCCUGUGGAAGACUUACAAGAAGGAGCUCUGCGUCGACGCCAUCACCGAGUACUGCUCGUCGGGGGAGGUGGUCGCCAGCGUGAAGAGCCUGGGCCUGAAGUACGAGGAGCACACCAUCCACAACACCUUUGACAUCACCGAGUGCUUCGAUCCGAGCAGCGCCACCGGAGAGUGCAUGCUGAGCUUCAUGACAGCCAAAGAUCACUUCUACCAGUCCUUCACCCCGGAGAUCCGAGCAGGCGUGUUGGACCUCCUCAGAAACAAGUGCUGCGCUGACAAAGGUGGCAGGUUGUUCUUCGACAGCAGUUUGAGCUGCAUACUGGUUCAUGCCUGAGUGCGCCCUCCUCUCGUCUCUCCUGCGGCCUUCAGUUAACCCUGACAUUUGAUCACAUGACCCGUAUAUAUGAAGAUUUACAGCGUGUGGUAGUUUUCAGUUACUUCAGCCAAAACUCUUAAAAGCAAGUCAGUCACAUUUCUGUAAGACUGUCUCUCAAUAAAUGCUAUAUAACAGUUUUUCCAUUA